UGGCAUUGACAUCGUUCUCUGUUCUCGUGUCUGUGCAAGGGUCCUGUGUUGGAAUUUGACCAAAUGUAUUUCCAAUUUUCAACAUUGUGUUUCAGUUUUACGUAGACGUUACGUCCUUCAAAGCAUAUGAUACAUUUCACGUAGAAAUCACAACCCGGGCGCGGAGGCUCUGCACAGGUGAACAACCAUUUUCCGCAUUGGUGAGGAGGACUGCAUCGGGACUCCGGUUGCUGAAGAUCUGGUCGAUCGGUGUGAUUGACAGGGCCACAAUCCAGGUGCUCUUCAUCCUCUGAGGCCACCCACUCCUCCAAGGCAAGGGCUGCAGAACACCCCCCUCUUUUAUUGCUCCCCCCACCCCCAUCCCCAACCCCCCCCCCCCCAACCAACGGACCCUGCCCCCCAGGACAGGACACUGCCCCCCCAUUGUUUCAGGACCUCCUGCCACCCAAGGAACAUUUAUUUCCAGCCCCUCCUGUCAGCAGGACUCACACAGGAACCCUUAAGAACACCAAUACUGCUCGUCAUGAGUGAAUUCUGGUUGUGCUUCAAUUGCUGUAUUGCAGAGCAGCCCCAGCCGAAACGACGGAGGCGCAUUGACAGGAGUAUGAUAGGCGAGCCAACCAACUUCGUCCACACUGCUCACGUGGGAUCGGGAGACCUCUUCAGUGGCAUGAACUCUGUGAACUCCAUUCAGAACCAAAUGCAGUCAAAGGGCGGCUAUGAAGGGGAUGCAAUGCCUGUGAAUGUUCAGCUACAGUUGGUGGACACAAAAGCAGGAUAAUAAAGAAGAGCUGCAUGUUUCUCCACACUGGUGUUCUCAUUGCCCCCCUCCCCCCAUGCCUGCCUUCAGUGACAGCUGGAAUAGAGGUGACAAUGUUCAUUGGCCAACCCUCCCCUCGCUGUUGGGACAACAGCAUCAACACUAGAACCGGUUUUCACACAGAACGGUCUGUUGUUGUCGUCCCCCUUCCCUUCCCCUCCUCCCAACCCAUCCCACAGAUGCUGAAAGAUGACGGACAGCAGUGCUUCAGUUAUAGUGUACCUCACCUUCCAACUGCAACCUGACCGCUAGCAUGCUCCUCAUCAUUGCAAAAGUGCAACAUGUUUGAAUGCCUACUCUUACCUGUGAAUUAUCGUGUCUCUUUCUUUGCAUUGUCGAUGCUUUGAUUUGGAAGGUCUGGAACCUACAAGUACAAUUGUUGAUUUUUAUUCAAUUGUAUUUCUUUGUAAUGUCUUGCUAGGCUGUCAAAACAGUGGCUGCCCACAUGUGAAAAGUGGCUUGCUACUGCCAUUUGGUGCCAAAAUGUCUGUAGCUAACAUGGAAUGAUGGUAAAUUGUUCUGACAAAAAGUCUGGUACUGGUAGAAAUGUUGUUUACAGUCUAUGCUCAUUCCUUUUCCUUUUUUCCACAGUAACUGUUGUCUUUGGACAAAGUAACAAAUUGUGAAAUUUACAUUUGACUUGGCUGUUUUAAAUGUAAAAUAUUUGAAUAAACUUGGGCUGUAAGUAUUUGCAGUGCAGUAAAAUCUUAAGAAACAGAUUGUGUUUGUAAUGUAGAGCAAGAUAUUGGUUUGACAAUUAGUUAAUCAAUUGUACAACCGGAUCAUCAUUCUUUGACGCAAACCCAAACUCUUACAUUCACUUGAAAUGAUCUCUGACUAUGAACUUGGCACAUCUUCGGAAUGAAAGAAAAAACCCUUUGGAAUCUUUCUGUCAUCUUUUGUCUAUGGAAUCACUUGAGACCAUAGUAGAGCCCAGGACAGCCACAAUUUGUGAGAAAACAAAUGCCAGUAUGAUUCUCAUCAGCACACAGUGUGACAUGCUCCUUUUUCUCAGGUUCAAAGGUAUAUUUCCAGUUAUUUUAAAGAUGUACAUUUGAGUUUUUCUUCUUUUUUUUUUUUUAUAAAAGCAGAUGUGUUUUGAAGAAAGUUAUGUCAGUAAUCUACAGUUAGGUUACAGACUUGCUUGAGAUAGAACUUUAAAAAGCUGUAAAAACAAAUACAGUAUAUAUAAUAUAUAUAGGC